UUUUGUGUGUUUACAAUCAGCUGACAUCCGGCGUCUUCCCGUCCAUUAGCCGACAAGAUCACUCUCAGCUUGCCCCAUCGGCAUUCGAUAUUUCCUCUCCGCGAGCAGAGCGACACUCGAUGAUUUUCCCUCGCCGCUGAAUGCGCACUUUGGCCGUCGUCGUCCAAUGCAGGGCUCUGGCCCCGUCUGCUGCAGCUGAAGCGCAACCGUCCUGCCCCCUCUCCGCUCCGGCUACACUGCCCCGUCGUCUCGCCGAGCCAUGAGCGCCCACCGGGACCUCGACAUGGUGCAUCUCCGCCUCAUCCUGGUCAGCGGGAAAACGCAGGACUUCACCUUCUCGCCCAACGACUCCGCCACAGACAUUGCCAAGCACGUGUUUGAAAACUGGCCCACGGGAUGGGAGGAGGAGCGGGUGAGCAGCCCCAGCAUACUGCGCCUCAUCUUCCAAGGACGCUUCCUCCAUGGCAACGUGACCCUCGGCGCGCUGAAGUUGCCCGCAGGGCGAACCACCGUCAUGCACCUGGUUGCCAGGGAGACGCUUCCAGAGCCCAACUCUCAUGGUCAACGAAACAGAGAAAAAACCACAGAGAGCAAUUGCUGCCUCCUCUUGUAAGGAAACAUCCUUCCCCUGCGCCCUUCUAGAAAUAUAUAUCUAUACACACACACACACACAUACAUAAAUCCAUACAUACACCCUCCUCCUCUUAUCAACGUUGGACUAAAUCACUGGAAGUUAAAUUGAUUUUUCUUUCUUUUUUUUGUGCCAAUGCAUCCAUGCAAAACACUUUUCUCCAAACAUUUCAACAUAAACAUAAUCAACAUUUGUGCCCUCGCUGAACUGCUGAUCUCACACACACACACACCUGAAUAGAGCCCAAAGGCUUUUUUUUUUGCGGUCUGACUGAACGCUGUUAACCCCUUAAUGGACUUAUAUUGGCAAGUGUGUGCUGCUCCUCCUCCUUCCUCCUCUUCCUCCAUCAUGUAUGUAAUUUUCUUCCCGUCAGAGGAGCAAACAGAACUUGUGCCAUCUUCUUCUUCAUCAUCAUCAUCCCACGUUUCUGCCUCAGCGCCGGUGGCAUCUGUGCCAUGUUUGUUUCUUUGUUCGGACCAAUAGAAAAGGGUAGAUAGUAUAAAUAAAAUGAAAAUAAAAUAAUAGGAGGGAAAAGGGCCACGCCGGCUUCAAAAGGGAACACGACGCUGUGUUGGGGGGGGGGGGGGUGUCGCAGCAGGCCAGUCGAGUCGGAGAGGGAAAAGUUCUUUCGGGGAGCGACGCCCUCCCGUUUAUUCGAAUGCUGUCUGAACUUCUCGUUUGCCUUUUUAUCGUGGAAUCCGAUGGUAUCAUGAAUAUUGAAAUUUAAAUAUAUCGAUUUUUAUUUCGUGUGUCGGGUAUUCGUGCGCGAGCGCGUCGGUGGCGUGUGAUUGGCGCUCGAAACGAGGGGGGGGGUGGGUGAGCGUCGCGCCGGGAGCGCCGUCGGGAAAAUUCAAUUUUAAAUUUGUUUGUUUUUGUCUUUUUGCUUUGUGAUUGUUUUUGUCUUAUCGGUGUCGCCGCUAUGCCGUCUGUAUGAAUUCAUGUAAGAAAACUAACAUGCGACGUGGUCUCUUAUCAGUGCUUGUAUGAUAAAGGAAUGAAAUCUUUAAAUGAUGCAAACGCCCCCCCCCCACUUUUUAUUCUUGAGAAAAGCUCGGCCGCCUCACGUCUCUCCGCAACGUCAUCCGUUUUAUACACGACGUACUUUAUUAGGUUGUCUAUAAAAUGGCCGACUUUUGGUGUUCUAAGUAUUGCGAUGACCUCCGGAUUUAAUGGCAUAAUGUAUAGAAGUGUGAAUAAUAAUAAUAAUAAUGAUGAAUUCUGUCUGAAAUAAAUUUCUCAUAUGAAGCAAA